AUGUAUUUGAGAAUUGAAAUAAAGAAACUUGUUGUUAGUAAGAAACAAUUGCGAAAGAACACGGAAAACAGAAAUUACGAAACAUAUCACUACAAAGAUGGAUAUUGCUGUUUGAGUGUCACACAAAGAACAAAAUGUGUUGAUGGAAAAAAGGAGAACAAGUCUUGCAACACGCACCCGCUUUUCUGA